CCUACGAGUCAGUUUACUCGCACUCGAUUAUUUUAAACGUGUCUUUCAUUUUAAAUAUACAUAUUGUAAGCUUGUUAAUAAAGUUGAUAGUGUCAGUGUUUUUGUAUAGUUAUUUAAGGUAUUAAAGUAUAGUACGGAAUCAUUUGAUUGAAAAUGGAAUCACUACCCAAACAGUUUGUUUUAGCAAUGCGAACUCUCUUCAAUAUAAUGGAUGAUAAACAAACCGGCUACAUUAAACUAACAGACAUUGAAAAUCGCUGGCGCGACGAUCGUACAAAAGGCUUGCCUGCUGGUGUCAUUGAGAGCCUUCAGAAGGUUGCUCAUGAUGGAUUCUUAACAUUCGAUAGUUUUUGUACAGGGUUGAAAAUAUGUCUCUUGCGUAAUCAAGUUCAAGGAGUAUCUAAUGAUAUUUUAAUCAGUAAUGAUAUUGGUGAUUCCAGUUACAAUAAUAAAAUAAUAUCCCAGCCUUUGCCGGAGGACACAAGAGCUAAACAAAAAACCGAAAGAAACUGGACGAAUAUUAAAAACACAAGAAAUGGCACCCAAAUUAGGACAAGCAGUAUGCCCCACUUAUCCGAUAACCUGUUAGUGCAUGAGUCAGGUAAUAGUGCUGAUGAUAUAUUACAUCGCACGUACGGGCCGCCAAAGCCGCCCAGGUUGGAAAAAAACAUAAAUGAAGGCAAAGAAAAACUCAAGAGUGAAUCCCAUAAAAGUGACAUGAACAUAGAUAUGGAAGAUAUUUCGAGGUCAAUCGUUGAUGUUCAAGGAAGAAGUUCAGGGGACGGGCGUUCUGCUACUGUCUCUCAAUCAGUUGUUUGUCGCACUUCUAGAAGGCGCGAACCUCGGCGACACACCCUACACAAUGGCAUAGACUACAAUCUUUUAAAAAGAAUGAAACAAAUUGAACAAGAAAAAGAUAUUUUACUUCAAGGACUCACAGCUGUUGAGGAAGCUCGCGAGUGGUACUUGAAGCAAUUGGCUGAAGUUCAGGAUAAAAUGCGUUAUGCAGGACGUAUGGGUGCUUAUGUGGAGCCAUGGAAUGAAGCACAUCAAGAGAGAUUAGAGUUGCUCAGAGCCCGGAUAUUAGAACUCAAUCGACAAUUAGGUGCUCUAGCUACCGGAUGGCGCCACGGACAUUUGUCUCUGCACAUGAACUUGGCUUUACCGGCAACUCUGUAUAAUACUACAUCUAGUACCCCAAGUAAUACAACAGUACUAAGAUCUCAAAAUCGAAUACUGGUAGAGGAAGUAAACAAGAAAAAUGAAAGAAUAUCAAUCCUUGAAAGAGAAAAAUCUUCAUUAAUCAGAGAAUUAUUGCUCCAAAGAAAUAGAUGUAAAACAACAGAAAACUUUAGCUUGCAGGGUUUAUAAUUUGGACAACGGGGACCUAAACCUUGUGAUUGGAGUUAAUAAGACAUAUAGCAUAAUAUAAUAUGCAAAUUAAGCUAUUAAAAUAUUAUAUAGGUUGAAGUGAAAGUUGAAAAUAUACUAAUCACAUUUUAGAAAAAAAUAUUUUGUUUUAUGAAAGAUAUUAUUAUAUAUAUUAACAAACUUAUAUGUAUAUUGGCCUGACCUAGUCCUUCCAGUGCCAAAACUAUGUUUAGGAUUACUAGAAAGUGUUACAUGUUACCACAUAAUUUGAGAGGAUCUUUUUGACCAGCAUAGCUACGUGGAAUCAAUCAUCUCUAACCAAUUCAAGACCUUCAAGAGUACAUACUCUUGAAUCUUUUAGUGCAUACUUCCACCUUAAAUUAAGGCAACACUUUUCUUGACCUUUGGUGUUGCAAUGUCCAUAGGUAGUUGAUUUUUACUUAUGUUGCCUCUUGCUCAUAUAACCUCCCAUACAUAAAAAAGUGUGGUUGACAGGUUGACUAAUUGUAAAGACAAAGUUUUGUUGUGCUUGUGUUUUAUUUUAAGGGGUGUAUAAUCACUUGUAGUUUACCAUAAUUAUGAUUUUAAAAUGCUGUUGUUUCACAUAUGACCAUAUAUUAUUUACACCACUGAAAGUUAAAUUAAGGAUUAAUUUGAAUAAUUAAUCCCAGAAGAAAGGUAUAUCACUUUAAAGUUAAAAUCAAAUAAACUUUAUUCAAUUAGGCAUAAACUAAGCACUUUUGAAUAAUUACUACAAAUAUUUCUUUUAAAUUACUGAAUUUACUAUAUGUUUGUAAAAAGUUGAGCUCAUGAGAAGAACAUACAAGAUACUCAAUGGCUUGUCUUUUUAAUCAAAUAGAGUAUUUUACAAUGGCUGUAAUAUAUAUACAUACCCAAUCAGUUUAUAAGGUGCUACAUCCAAUAUGAGUUGUGUUUAAAUAAAAUAAAUUAUUUCAGUCCAUAUUCAUUUAGAUAUAGUAUAGAUAAAACAUUGUUAAGGUAUCAAAUUAUGAAUUUGUAAUGCACCUUUAUACUAAAAUAUAUCCAUCUAAAAGUUUAUUGUUAUCAAAAAAUUAUAAUAAACACACUGAAUGUAAUUAAACUUUUAUUUAAUUCUAUCUAUGUAAGCACCUAAGAUUACAGUUUGUAUUAAAUUUUCAUUGCUUAUUAACUGUUGUGUUGGUAUAUAAUGAAUAAUCAUAUUCUCUGAAUGGAACAUCAUAAGUCAAAUAUCCUUGAUCCCAUGCUUGUUCAAUAGCUACCAACAAUUCCUUUUGUUUUUUUCUGCAAAGCCCUGUCUUAAAUGCGUCCAAAACCUACAAAAAUAUAAUGAUUUAUUAGAAGCUUGACUUGAAUGUUUUUAUGUCACUGGCAUUGAUAAUAAAAAUACCUUCAAUCAA